AUGAGGCUGAUUCUGCUGUGGGGCUGCCUCCUGCUCCCAGGAUCAAGAGCCCUGACAGGCCCCAAGGAGAUUAGCGGGUUUGAAGGCGACACUGUGACCUUGCAAUGUUCCUACAAGGAGGAGAUGAAAGAGUAUCUCAAAUACUGGUGCAAGAGUGCCGGGAUCUUCAUCCGCCGCUGCUCCAACACCAUCUAUUCCAGGGAAGAUGGCCGUGAGGUGACGUCUGGCAGGGUGUCCAUCCAAGACAGUCCCCAGGACCUUACAUUCACCGUGACCCUGAGGGACCUCACCCUGGAGGAUAAAGGGAAGUACUGGUGUGGCAUCCAACAACUGGGCUUCGAUCACACUUUUGCGGUUUCUCUGAUCGUCUUUCCAGGGCCCUGUUGUCCUUCCUCCCCUUCUCCCUCCUCACAGCUUUUUGCCAUAAGGAGCCUCCAGCCCAAAGCAAGAGCUUGGCAACCUCAGCCCCGAGAACUGACUUCUCCUGGUCUCCAACCGACAGUCACCACAGCCAAGCAGGGGAAGACAGGGCCGGAGGCCUCUGCAUACACAGGGACCUCCAUGCACACAGGACCCACCUUAUACACAAGAACCUCUGCUCGUGCACCGACCUCUCCUCCUGAAAGGACCUCUUUUCACACAGCGACAUCUCCUCACACAGCGACCUCUUCUUAUGCAGGGAGCUCCCGUCUGGCCACACAGCAAGAUUCUGCCUUGACAAAGGGCACCAGCAGCUCCAAGUCCAGGAUGUCUGUCCCCAUGAUCCGCAUUUUGUCCCCAGUCCUGGUGCUGCUGGGCCUUCUGUUGGCUGCGAGCAUGAUUGUCCUUGGCAGCUGCGUGCUACGUCAUCGGAAGAAAGAAGAAUAUUCCUUCUGCCAAGGACAGGCUGUUCUGAUGGAGUCUCUGUUACAGAUGCCUGGGAAUGGCUGGACCUCAGAGUACGCUGUGAUCAACAGGGCUGGAACCUCCGAACCCGCUGGGCCUUGUGCCAGCCACGAGCCCUCUGCCCCUCCCGACACAGAGAUCCACUGCCUGAACCAGACCACAGAGGAAGCGGAGGCUGCCUUCCAGGACCCCCAAGGGGACGAAGCCUGCAUGUCUUCCUACCACUUGCCUGAGGAAGAGCCAUACAUCUCAGAUUUCAUUCCAGUCUAG